GAAAAACAUUGACAUUGACGUAGCUUUCAAUGACAAUAAUGACAGCAAGGAAAGACCGUUGGUUUUAAAGCAUUUUGAUUUUGAUUUCAUUUUCUGUUUUUUUUCUUUAAUUGUACUGAUGAUGAACAAUAACAACGAUUUUCCGCUUGCUAAAUACAAAAAGGCUAUGGAGAAUAUGUACUUUCAAAGUAGACUGAAAACCUACACAAAGUGGCGUUUUUCUGCGAAUCACAACUGCAGUGCUUCUAAGAUGGCAGAAGCUGGUUUUAUUUGCGUAGCCACUAAGGACACGGAACCGGAUCUAGUAAGAUGCUUUUUCUGCAAGAAAGAAUUGGACGGUUGGGACGCCUCUGAUGUUCCAUGGGAUGAGCACAAAAGUCAUUCCACCAAAUGCUUAUUUGCUCAAUUACAAAAACAUGAAGACGAUAUGACUGUUAAGGAAUUUUUACUGUUGCAGAAAGAAUUGAUGAUCAAUCUUAUUUCUAAUCAUUUCGAAGACAAGGAGAAACAAGUUAAAAAGCUGUGCCAUAAGAAGAAACUUUCAUUGAACUAAAGUUGAAUAAUUUUAAACUUUUUUUUCACGUAUUGUAUUUUUAAUAGGAUUGGUUUUGCUAAAACUUCACAAUCAUACUUGCAAUGGAAAUUUGUAUAUACUUUUUUUACUAUAUAAUAUAGAUGUUGGAGCUGAUUAUCUGCUGUACUCACCCCAUUAUCACUUCAGGUGUCUGAUAAUGAAAUUUGUAUACUAUGCAAAUUGGAAAGAGAAAGGGAUUGUCUUGGAAUUGCCGACAACAACUUCAUUAGAUAUUCUGAAUUGUAAAUUUAUGUAAAUACGUUUGUAUUAUUUUAUUAAUCACUACCACACACAUACAUCACGUCAUAUUUUCCAUAGUUUUGCGAAUUUGAAUAUUUACAUCUGAAUCGCGGAUUGAUUAAAUCUUCC